AUGGCCGGUAGCAAUACCGUUAAGGGAGUACUAAGUGAAUUGGCAAAGCGUGUGCCCAAAAACCAGUUAUCUCAGCUUAGGAACUUUCUGGAGCUACAUGCGAAAUAUAACGACCGCGUAAAUAAAUAUCCAGCGAAGUUGCCGACAAUCGAUUGGGAUUAUUAUCGCACGAACGUACGCAUAGAAGCAAUCAAAAUGGUGGAUGAAUUCGAGAAAAAAUACGAAGAGUUGAACAAAAUAUUCGAUGACCGCGUUAAACUGGAUACAACUAAGUACUUUGAUGAGCUGGAAAAGCAGCGGGCGGCCAUGCAGGCGGAAGUUAAUCAGUACAUCGCCGAAUCGAAUGAACGCAUCAAGGCGUAUGAGGCCGAAAUGGAGCGUCUUUCCCUCAUGAAACCCUACUCCUCGAUGACAAUGGAGGAGUAUAUUAGCCUGCGACCGGAGCAUGCCGAUUAUAUACCGCACAGGCGCAAACCGCUCUUUUGGCCACAUGACCCCGAUGAGCAGAUACCCGGACCGGUAGGAAUAAAAAAACCAGACGACGACGAUGGAAGUCAUCCAGUUAAACCGAGUGAUUUCAAAGGUAAAACGGAAGAAUUUGUGUUCAACGCUGGCGACGCUAAAGCACAAAAACCUAUGGUGAUAGCCGAUUCUGCAGAGCCCCAGCCAAUACAGACGCAGCCAGUUGAAGUGAAAGCCACGAAAGCGCCACAGGAAUCUAAGCUGUCACAACCUUGCGCCGAGUCAAAGAAACCGAUGGUUGUUGAAUGUGAAAGUAAAGACGCAAACAAGGAUGUGCCUUCUAAAGUCAGUGAAGGUAAGAGGGGCGACACAUGUGCACGCACACCCUAUUACAAUCCCUUCAGAAGCGAGGAGGAGAAUAUAAAGCAGGAAGAGGAGGCGUGUGAUGAGUGCAAAGAAGAAGACCCUUGUAAAAGUGAUAAACGUAGUCCCAAGACUCCUUAUUACAACCCGUUCAAAGAUAAAAAGGAGUAG